UUUCUAUAACAACGUUUGUGUGAGCAGCUCAGCAGCUGAAGGGACCGGAGUGGAGAGACUUCUGGCAUGAGUAUGAUUGGAGUGCCAACGGGGAGCAGCGAGAGGACGGGACGGUGGGAAUGCAGACAGGGUCAGAUGAUGUAGUUCACAUGAUACAGGGUGUGGCCACAGGGUCAGAGGGUGUAACCAGAGGGUCAGAGGGCAGUGUGGUCCUGGGUCUAACAGUGAGUGUUAGUGGGAGAGUUCUCUGGAGAUGGAUCCCGGACUCCUGGAGGGCUCAGUCCUGACUGAGCAGCAGAAGCUACGCCAUGUGUUGGACUGGGCUAAGAAUUUCCUCGGGACCAGUCAGGAUGGGCACAAUCUCAGCAGAACCUCCCCUUCCUCCCCGCAUUUGCACUCUACUUCAGCAGCGCAUCGACUCGAGGUCGGUGGAAGAGCUGCUGUCUCCCCCUGUGGAACCUUUCACAAUCUUGUCAGAAGCAGAAAUGUGAGAGAAAACAUGGUAGGCCAAUCAGACCCUCUGACCAGGCUUCCAUACACCACCCCACUGCCCUGCCACACUCUCUCCCACACCCCAGGUGGCCGUGAGUUUUCUGGGCCUGAGUUUAAAGAGUAUCCUGGGCAUAAGGAGCUGGUCCUGUUCUCUGGGCCACAAGAGGAUAACAAUGACCAACCACGUUUCCUUGGUGUAGACAACCCUCAGGCAGACCAGACUCCCCACAAACCAAUAGCUCCUCAUCCUGAGGGGAGAGAUGGUGUUUCCAUCAGUGAGAGCCUAAGAGACAGAGACAGUAGCAUUACAAACUGUUGCUCCUCAGUGGACAGUGACACUAUCCUAUGGUUGCCUGGAUAUGGUCCUUUAUCCAGAGCCCAUGACCUCAUAUCAAGGGAAAGAGGUUGUGUAGAGAGAGAGGACAGAGUUUUGGGAAUGCAGGAACACGAAGAGGAGAAGGCGGUGGCGGAGGAGGAUCCAAAAACAGGCCUUGAGGGAACCAGUUGUAUUAUACCUUAUGGAUCCUCUAGGGUCGCACUAGAGGGCGAACAUCUAGAUUGGGGAGCCAACGGCUGGGUGUCAGAGGGCCUGAGUGUGUAUGAGGAGUAUCUGCUGUGUGUGUCCCGUUUGGACCACCUCAGAACAGAGCAGAACCAAGCACCUGCUGACGUCAUGACCCUACCUGCUGAUGUCAUGACCCUACCUGCUGACGUCAUGACCCUACCUGCUGACGUCAUGACCCUACCUGCUGACGUCAUGACCCUACCUGCUGACGUCAUGACCCUACCUGCUGACGUCAUGACCCUACCUGCUGACGUCAUGACCCUACCUGCUGACCAAAUGGCUGAUCCCUCCGAGCAACCUCAUGUCCAUCAGGACAUCCACAACGAGGGGAGGCGUGCACCAUUCAAGAGUUCAGAAGUGAAUAACAGUAGAGUGAUGCAGCCCAAGAGCAGCGGAGGUCAACCUGGUGUCAGGAGUCAGGCUCGUGUCAGAGAUCGCGGUCGUUCCUGGAGGUUCUGGGAAAGGUCAAGCCUCUCCUGGUCAUCCUUCACUCAUGGAGAAGUGCUGCCACGGUCCCAGCUCCCCAACAGACCCCACUCAGCAGGUGUAGUGUCCUGUUCUGGACUCAGACCACCAACAACACUUCAGCUCCCUCUGGGCAGUGCUGUGAAUACCAAUGCAACUAAUAUUCCUGUGACCAGGGCUCUCAAACUGGCACCUGUAGGGGGCUGUGUACAGUGGCUGUCUCUCCCUGAUGAGGUAUGGGUAUCCAUACUGUCCCUCCUGCCACACAGAGAUCUGUCUACAGUGGCCCAGGUCUGCCUCCACUUGCUCCGACUGGCCAAUGACCACACACUAUGGCAGGUUGUUAGUGUGGAGAACAGCUCAUCUUUAACUGACCAAUGGCUGAGCAGUGUGGGUGUGCGUAAUCCUCGAAGCCUGACUAUCUACAGGUGCAGCGGACUGUCAAUCACCCCGAGCGGGCUAGAGGAGUUUUUCAAACUAAGUCAAGCUUCUCUGGAGGUGCUGAGUGUGACAAGCUGCAGUGGGCCUGGUCUCCAUGGUGACCUGGUGCUGACUCUGAGUGGUCAACACUGUGAUCACAUGACCUGUGUGGACGUCAGCUGGAGCGGAGCGACUGACACAGGCAUCAAAGCACUGACUGACACCUGCACUGGCCUGAAGACUGUUGUUCUCAAUGGUUGCCAAGUUACAGAUGAAGCCCUGAAUGCCCUCGUCAUAAGAUGCAGAGACAGUCUGCGCAGGUUGGAAGUGUUUGGCUGCCUGUCUAUCAGUCCCUCAUGUCUGAUCACAGUGUCAGAGUUGUGUCCUCGGCUGGAGACUCUGAACAUCGGCCAGAUCCCUAAGGUCACUCACCCCUAUCUGACCCUGGUGACGUCACGACUCAAACGCCUUCACUCCCUUAACCUGACUGGACUGCACGCAGUGAGUGAUCAGACAGUUCAUCAGGUCCUCCUGCAGUGCCCUGAACUCCAGAGGCUGACCCUCAGCUCCUGCCCUGGAGUCACUGACAUGAGCCUGCACAAGAUCAGCACCCACGCUCCCCACAUCAGGUUGUUGGAUCUAAGUGGUUGCGGUAAGGUGAGUGAUGCUGGUGUUAAGGCUGUAGCUGUGGCCUGUAGAUGCCUGCAGUACCUGGACCUGAGCUCCACCGCCACAGGGAACAGAGGGGUGAGCCUGUUGGCAAAGUACUGCAGCACUCAUCUCCACACUGUCAAACUGAGCUUCUGCCAGAUCAGCCCAGAGGCCAUCCACAACCUCAGCAGGCAGUGCAAACGUUUGAAGCUACUGCACCUCUACGGCUGUGCCUACAUCCCUACUGAGAAGGAGAUCAGAGACAUCAACCCAAAUGUUGCACUCAACCCGCUGACUUGAUACACACACAC